AUGGCACUUGUGUGUUUGUUAAAGAUGGUGUUAAACGAUCAAUCAUGGCGUGAGAAACAGCCGUUGGAUUUUGAAAAGUCUACAAGACUCCCAGAAAAAGCUCGUAUCUAUAUUUGGCGUAGUGUUAGUAAGCUUGGAGCGGAAAAGAGAUAUUACAGUAAUUCUACUUCUGGGGGACAUGCUUUGCCGUCUAGGAACUUGUUGCAGCUUAAGAGCAAGACCCAAGAAGCUAAUGUCGUGGAGCGUGAGCUUGUAAAAACUUCUGCCUCUCGUGCGUUGUUGCCUUUAACAAGAAACAGAUGCAGCUUGAUCAAAACCCUAAAACACUUUGCGUCCAACUUUCAAACACUGUUUACUUAUAGAGAAAGUUCACCUGCAAGCAUAUAUGGUUAG